UUCCGUUUCGGAGGCGUAUCUGAUUCCGAGAAGUCACCGAAUUGCCAAGUGUACUUUUUGACCCAACCAAUUGCACAUUCCUUCCUAUUUGCUUUGUCGUCCAUCGAGCUCUCGUAGAAAAAAAGUUGUUCCCAACAUCAUGGCCGUCUGCAUCGCAAAACACAUACUUACCGUGUUUUCUUCUCUUUUUCAUGGUUUUCUUAAAAUAGCUGAAGAAGCUCCGGAAUUUCAGCAACGACAGAAAUGGAAGACAGAAUGUAUCCGAAGGUGAAGGUGAAGGAACAGAACGAGCAAGAUGAUCCUAAGGGAAGUUCUUUGUUUCCGUUGAAUGAUGAUUCUUGUUUUCCAGUGGAGCAUGAAGACUUAUCUCCACUAUGUGUAGCAAAAAUUCCAAUCUCUUAUGUACCGAAUGCAUCUAUGCCAACAAUUUCUGAAUCUGAAGGAGUAGGGAAGAAUGAUAAGAAAAUUGACAAGGAUGAUAAAAUAAAUGAUAGGGCCAGUUCAAUCCUGCGUCCACGUGCCAUUUUAUCUAGUCCAGAUAAUGAUGUGACGAUUGGAAACAAGAAUAGGAGUAAAAAAGUGAAACAACCUUCAGCUUUGAAGAAUCCUAACUUGGUUCAAAGCAGCCAUGUGCACUGUAAGGCUAUCUCGAGCGCCAUCGCUGAAAGUCCUUUCAAUACAAGGAUUUCCAUGGAUGCUGACGAUGGUAAGAGCAACCGUAGAGGAAAGAAAGGGUCAGCGUUAUCAGUUCCAAGUCAGAAAAAAUAUCUUAGAACUGUGAAACCAAGCUCUAUGGGAACUUAGAACCACUAGAUCAGUUGCCAGUGGGUUAGUACUCAUAUUUCAGUGAUUUAUACUCGUAUAUGGGUUUUCUUUCCUUUCUAGAAUGGAACAUGCUCUCUCUCUUUUCUUCACAUGAGAGGCAAAGUUCUGCACCAGGAGCUUCAAUCUCUCACCCCCCCCCCCCC